AUGGGAUGUUAUAUUCAUUUUAAUUUAUUUUGCGUUCUACUGCUAGUGGACUUUGGACAACCAGACCUGGAAUAUACGGACUACGGCAAUUCAGAAGCACACCUAGAUGAUCACCUUACACGGCCUGAUGUGGAUGUGGCUGAUAGUCAUAAUGAGAUGACAAUGUCGUAUGAUUAUCAUAAUGAACACCACGACAGUACCAUCCACCCAGAUCCCCAAGUGGAAUUAUCAACUAAUCAUUAUGAUGAAUCGCACGAUGAUCUAAUAACCACUGGAAUGGAUGGUUUUGAAAGUAACCAUCAUGAUCACCAAGAUCAUCACGUUGAACAUGAAGUUGAAGAUCGAAUAGUGCGAUAUGCGUUGCAUAAGCGGCACGAAGAAAUUUGA